AGAGAGAGAGAGAGGUCGUCAUCGUUUCACGCGCGAGAUAGUAACCUGUGCGAGAAAAGGACGUGUGCCGCGAAAGUUCGACGUCCGCCGCCGACGUCAGCGGACAAUCUGUGUGAUCGCCUCGCCUCGGCCGACUGAUCUAAGCAGUGCUGGGCCGAGCUCGGGGGGAUAGUGCACGGGGACUCCAUGAGCGGCGUGGAAUUUUAGCGCAUCGUUCGUCACACAGCUGGGCGUAAUGUACGAAGCGGUACCUCGAACUUGGCACAUGAAACCGGAACUCCAUUGCAAUCCCGUAGGAAUCCCGGCGGGCGCCUUGUCACCCCCGGUCACCCUCUCGCCGCCCAGCAGCCCGAGCGUGAUCGCACUGCCGCCUUCGCCCUGGAGCCCGGGCGUGCCCGGGAGCAGUUCGAGCACCAUCGCCUCGACCAAUGCACCCUCGGGCCUCUGCCAACCCGUCCCCGACCGUUUCAGCGCCUUCACCCUCGUCUCAAAUUACAACCCCGACCUGCGACUGCAAAGUCUACCUCUCAGCGCCAGCGUCGCCGCCGCGCGAGAGAUGCGCUGCGGCCUGAUGUACGGCGGCUAUGGGUCAUCCGGCAGCGCCUGGUGGGCCCGUCACGUGGGCCUGCUGCUGCCACAUUCCUUGCUACCGUCUACAAGAAUCCCGUCCCAGCAGACGACACCGGUCACGAACUGCUCGCCCAUUCAUCCGGAACCCCUCAGCCCGGCGCGUCCCGGAUCGCCACGGAGAUGCACGCCCGAGAAGGCCAAAUUCGAGGAGGAGGUGCCGCUGAACCUCAGCACGAAGCCGAGCGACGUCUCGUCGAGUAUCAGCAGGAAAAAUGAAAUCUGGUCACCGGGCUCGGUGUGCGAGAGGGAGGCCAGGGAAACGAGAGCGCCGUCCUCCAGCAGGAGUCCGUCCUCGACCCCUAUAAUUACGCGGCAAAUUCAUCACUCGCCUCUCACACCGCCCUCUUCGACCGAGAGGACUUUUCAAUGUAAGCAGUGCGGCAAAGCAUUCAAACGGUCGAGCACGCUCAGCACUCACCUCCUGAUCCACUCCGACACGAGGCCUUACCCCUGUCAAUAUUGCGGCAAGAGGUUUCACCAGAAGUCGGACAUGAAGAAGCACACCUACAUCCACACCGGUGAGAAACCGCACAAGUGCGUGGUGUGCGGCAAGGCGUUCUCCCAGAGCAGCAACCUGAUCACGCACAUGCGUAAGCACACCGGCUACAAACCCUUCCAGUGCGGCCUCUGCGACAAGGCCUUCCAGAGGAAGGUCGACCUGCGGAGGCACCGGGAAGGUCAGCACCCGGCGGCGCCGGCGCUCGAUUAUCGCGCUCUACAGGUACCGUCGCAGCCCAAAGGCAACCGGCACUCGCCAGCAUCGUCGACACCCUCGGGUUACCACAUGAUACCCGUGCCCGGCAGUAGCUGAGACUCGUUCACCUGACAGACGCUCAGUCCGUGAACGCAAGAGGCCCCCCGGCAACCUGCGCGUAUCGUCGGGCCCAUCAGGAUGAGAGACCGCGUGUCCGAUACCGGCGAAAGCGACAAACGACACGUGUACUCGAGUCCGCGAGAGUCCUAACGGAGCAAUGUACUUUGAGUACGUGCAUCAGCGGACACCCCUGGCGCUCGCGGCGCGACGGUGAGGGUUGAGGGUAACUCGCGCUCGCGCGGCCGUUUCGCUUCACGUCGAACACGAGCUUUAGGAUUUUUUUUUCCUUCUCUCU